AUGUCAGGUAUUCUAACUUUAGGUCUUGGUGAUGCUAUGGCAUCUAUAAUUGGUAAACGUUAUGGCCGCAGACGUUGGCCUGGAACAUCAAAGACAGUUGAAGGGACCAUUGCGUUUAUCAUAUCUCAUUUAUUGGGUGCAUUUGCAGUGACUCGUUUAUGGUCAAGGGAUAAUUUGUUACCAGGCGUAGAAGAGGUUAUUUAUAUUGAAAAAGAAAAACUUUUUAAUCCAUACCACAAUGCUCAACACGACAUCCAAUUAUCUCGUAAGAUAUUUCAUGGCUUACGUCCAGACAUUCCAAACCAUGUACCAGAAUUAGUUGCUAAAUUGAUUAUUAAAUGCUGGGAUAUUCGGCCAGACAAAAGACCAACUUCUAAAGAAAUAUAUGACAUUCUAAAUACAUGGUAUAAUGAUAUUUUAGACGAUAAACCAACUGAAAUAGUUGCACAAACAAAGAAGGCCGAUAAAAUGCUUGAGUCAAAAUGUCAACGUCAUCUCAUUUCGAUACAUAUCCUGUCAACAGGCAAUUUGAUACUCUAA